AUGCUCAACUCCUCCUUCGCCUUUUGGCUGUUGCCUAUCCUCUUUGCUCAACUUUUAGAAGUUGCUCUGAGCAGCAAUAUAUCACAUUCCAAUUCUUGCCCUGAUCUCUUCACCAUCUGCUGUUUACUUGAAUUUGAAGGAAAGAAAAAAAUGUCUCCACUUCUGAGAAGCGUUGUUGACAUCACUGAAGUUUUCAACCAAUAUGCCACACAUACUUGUGAUGGAGCAUCACUGAGCAAGAAAGACCUGAAGAACCUUCUUGAAAGGGAACUUGGAACUGUCCUUCAGAGACCACAUGACCCUGAGACCGUGGAUCUGACCCUGGAACUUCUGGACCGAGACUCCAGUGGGCACGUGGACUUCAAUGAAUUCCUCCUGUUCGUCUUCAAGAUGGCUCAAGCUUGCUACUAUGCUCUGGACCAGGCCGCAGGGUUAGAAGAGGAGAAGCGAGUCCUGCCUGAGCGAAAGAGAGACCGCAGGCAGGAAGACCAAAGGCGAUUGGAGCCCCAGGACAGACAGCGGGAUGAAGAGCCUGGGCGCCGAAGCUGGCAGAAGACGCGUGAGCAGGAGGAGCGCGCAGAGGAAGAGCAGCGGGAGCAGCGGAAGCAGCUGCGCGACAGGCAGCGGCGCGACAAGGAGCAGCGACUGCAAAGGCGCGAAGCCCGUGACCUGGAGGAGCGCCUCGCCGAGAAGGAGCCGUUGAGCUGGAGCAAAGGCCGCGAUGCGGAGGAGUUUUCUGCGGAGGAGCAACAGCAAAGGCUAGAGGGGCGCGAGCAGAGGGAGGAAGAGAGACGGCUGCAGCAGCGCGGGAGGGAGCUGGAGCAGAGGCGCGAGCAGCAGCUGCGCCGCGGGAGGGAGUGGGCGGAAGACACCGAGCAGGCGCGGGCUAAGCCCGGCGAGAGUCGCCAGAGGUGGCAGUUGCAGUUGGACGAUGAGGCGGACGCGCGCCAGAACAAAGUCUACUCCAGGCCCGGCAAGCAGCAGGAGCAGAGGCUGCGCCAGGAGCGCGAGGAGCUGCGACGCCAGGAUCGGGAGCUGCAACAGCUGGAGCAGGACGAGCAGCUGCGCGAGCUCGGGAGGCCGCGGGACGCCGAGGAGGAGCUCGAGCAGCGGAUCCGGGAGGACGAAGAGCAGUACCGCCGGGAGGACCAGCAGCUGCGCCGGGAACGUGAGCAACUGACCCGGGAGGACGAGCAGCAGUACCGCAGGGAGGACCAGCGCGGGGAUCUGACCUGGCAGUGGCAACCAGAGAAAGAGCGCGAAGCUCGAAAGAACAGGAUCACCUCCGAACGCAGGGAGGACGGAAAGAGCAGGCAGCUGGAAGGCCCCCGGGAGAGAGACGGGCGAUCCCUGCAGGAUGGCGGUCCUCUGCGAGAUGAGGAGGGGCAGCGAGCGCUGGGGCAGACCAGGCGCCGGCAGCCGCGCGACCUGCAGGCGGAGGAGCUGGAGCGGCACUGGCAAAGGGAAGCCGGAGGGCCAGAUGCCAAGGAGCGCGACGGAAAGUACCGUCAGGAAGAAGAGCUGCGCCGGGAACAGGAGGAAGAGCAGCUGCGCCACCAGGAGCGCGACAGGAGGUUCCGCCAGGAAGAAGAGCUGCGCAGGGAACAGGAGGAAGAGCAGCUGCGACGCCAGGAACGGGACAGGAAGUUCCGCCGGGAAGAAGAGCUGCGCCGCGAACAGGAGGAAGAGCAGCUGCUGAGGAAGGAAAGGGGGGAGAAAAGACGCCUACAGGAGAGAGACGGGAAGUUCCUUGAGCAGGAAGAGCAGGAGCGCGACAGGAAGUACCGUCAGGAAGAAGAGCUGCGCAGGGAACAGGAGGAAGAGCAGCUGCGACGCCAGGAACGGGACAGGAAGUUCCGCCAGGAAGAAGAGCUGCGCAGGGAACAGGAGGAAGAGCAGCUGCGCCGCCAGGAACGGGACAGGAAGUUCCGCCGGGAAGAAGAGCUGCGCCGGGAACAGGAGGAAGAGCAUCUGCGCCACCAGGAGCGCGACAGGAAGUAUCGUCAAGAAGAAGAGCUGCGCAGGGAACAGGAGGAAGAGCAGCUGCGACGCCAGGAACGGGAGAGGAAGUUCCGCCGGGAAGAAGAGCUGCGCAGGGAACAGGAGGAAGAGCAGCUGCGAAGCCAGGAGCGCGACAGGAAGUUCCGCCAGGAAGAAGAGCUGCGCAGGGAACAGGAGGAAGAGCAGCUGCGCCGCCAGGAACGGGACAGGAAGUUCCGCCGGGAACAAGAUCUCGGUCUAGAAAGAGAAGAGCUGCAGCUGAGGCGCCAGGAACUUGAGCUACAGCUGAGACGGGAACGCGACAGGAAAUUCCGCCAAGAAGAAGAGCUGCGCCAGGAGCGGGAAGAGCAGCUGCGCCGCCAGGAACUAGACAGAAGAUUCGCCAGGGAACAAGACCUCGGUCUAGAAAGGGAGGAGCAGCAGCUGAGGCGCCAGGAACAGGAUCAACGGCUAAGACAGGAACGCGACAGGAAAUUCCGCCAGGAAGAAGAGCUGCGCAGGGAACAGGAGGAAGAGCAGCUGCGCCGCCAGGCACGCGACAGGAAAGUCCGCCGGGAACAAGAUCUCGGUUUAGAAAGAGAAGAGCCGCAGCUAAGGCGCCAGGAACGUGAGCUACAGCUGAGAAGGGACCGCGACAGGAAAUUCCGCCAGGAAGAAGAGCUGCGCAGGGAGCGGGAAGAGCAGCUGCGCCGCCAGGAACGGGACAGGAAAGUCCGCCAGGAAGAAGAGCUGCGUGGGGAACGGGAAGAGCCCCUGGGCCGCCAGGAACGGGACAGGAAAGUCCGCCAGGAAGAAGAGCUGCGCGGGGAACGGGAAGAGCCCCUGGGCCGCCAGGAACGGGACAGGAAAGUCCGCCAGGAAGAAGAGCUGCGCGGGGAACGGGAAGAGCAGCUGCGCCGCCAGGAACGGGACAGGAAAGUCCGCCAGGAAGAAGAGCUGCGUCGCCAAGAACGGGACAGGUACUUCCAAGAGGAGCCGCAGCUGCGCGGCUGGGAACGAGAGCAACUUCGCCAAGAGCAGGAGAGGAAGUUCCAAGAAGAGCAGAUCCGUCGCCAGCGGGAAGAGGAGCAGAGGCGCCGAGUCCAGGAGAGACAAUCCCAAGACAAGGGUUAUCCGCGUGUCCUAGAGCCCGGCACACGCCAGUUCGCCAGUGUUCCGGUGCGUUCCAGCCCUCUCUAUGAGUACAUCCAAGAGCAGAGAUCUCAGUACCGCCCUUAAAGGAUGCUGCCAAGGUCCCGACCACCUGCCAAAGCUUCAAGCAGAAGAAAAUCAGAUGUGAUAACUCGGUAUUUCUGGUUGUGGGAAAACUCUAAUCUUAGAAUGUGUUUUUUCUUCCAAAUUCUUAAACUUCGUUCAUUUCACUACUUUCUACUGCCUUCCAUUCUUCCUCGGGUAGUUCUUUAUUGCAAGAUGUCUUAGUUCUUUGGUGCAGAGUCGAUGGGCACUUUUAAAAAUAAGUCCUUUAAUUUGCUUCACAAAUUUUGUUUGAGUGGCAGGUUGAUUAUUGCCUUCAGAAGCAGCAAGGUGUAAUGCAGCAAUUUUUUCAAACGCCUUGGGCCCUCUAUUUUUAGGCCUAGCAUCCUGUGGAGAGCACACAGUUUUCAAGUUGACAUUUUCUUUGACCUAAUACCCAAGUAGUUUUUGUGGCAUAAUUAUCACAGAUUCCAUCAGCAGGCUGAAAUUUACAUUUUUCGAAUAAUGCAGGGGAAGUGACUUCAGAAAAAUUUCCAUGUGAAAUCAGCUCCUAACUGGAAAAAGAAAUCUAAGAGUAAGAUUUAGCUGGAAAAUUAGAAUUUGGCAUUAAAUUUUUAGACUUAAAAUUUUCAUUAAGCAAGAGCACGGUGCUUCUCAAACUUAACUCUAAAACUCUGCUAUAAUUUGUAGCACUCAGUUCCAUCUCCCCAAGUUUUGAUGAGCUUAAGAAUAUUGCUAUUUUUAUACUUUUUUGGCUUAGAUGGAACUUAUUCAAGCUCCUGUAAAUAUCUGUCUUCCUCUAGGGCAGAUGACAGUUCACAGUGUUAGAGGAAGGAAAGAGGGAAAUGUGUGAACACAGGGACAAAUUUCUAAAGGUUUGCUGACUAGACUCAUCAGCCCACAAUCCUUUGAGGCCUUAGACUACCUUGAAGACAUUCUUGUUGAAA